AUGGGUAGUUUUCCAAGCCGUGCCCUCCAGGAUGGGAUUGCUGGAGUCAGCCCAUGGAUGACGCUUGUACACAUCGACAACCAAACAAACCAACCAGUCAUUGUUCACUUGGCCAGAAAUGCAGACAUGCCAACUGCUGAGGAUGCAGUGGAGCACAUCAUCCCGGCAAACGAGGUUUACGGUCUCGCCUCUGGUUGGUUGCGGGAACCACGCGCCACUCUGCUAAUACGGACAGGAGUGGACAAGGCGCAGCUUCUCCGCGUGCCAAACAACGCCCGCAUCAUGAUCAGGUUGGCUCCACAUGGCCUGUGUGUGGACUCGCCAGACGCGGUAGAGUUUGAACCGUUUGAACCUGCUCAUGAUGUAUCCGGACAUGACACUGUUCCAAUGGCUCUUCGUGGGGAGAGUUUCCACGUGGAACCCACGGGCCCUUCUGUGGCGCAAGCAGCAGUUUCUGCAGCGCAGCGCGAACAGAACCAAGGGCGUGGACAAGCGCUUCGUGGAAUCAGGUUCCUUGUUGCACCUGCUUCAGUGGAUGACGAUCCUUGGACCGUCUGGAGUUCGGUUCCACCCCUUCGGGUGGCGGCUACGGCGGAUGUUGUUCGGCUUGCAAGGGCUGUCUUGCUUGAGCGAAGGAUGAGAAGCAGGCAGAUGCCAAUCCUGCUCGAGGCAACCUGUUCUCGAAGGCAUGCCUACGUUAUGUGCAAGGCCUUAGCCAGAGCACAGCAACUAAGUAUGCUGCUGUCCAGUGAGCCCAGCGGCAUCAGCUGUAUAGCGCGUAUCACCAAAAGAUAUGGCCCUCACACUCCAACUGAUGAGGCCGGCAACACAGCCAGGCUCAUCCGCGUCAUGGUGUGGAAGCCAGUCUCGAUUACUGGAGAAAUCGAUGAGAGAAAAUGGGCAGAGCGGCAGAGCGAGGCAGACGUGCCGCGACCCCCACCUGCUCCGGUGGGCAAAGGCCUUCAUGGGUCAUGGCCAUUUCGAGGCGCCUCCUCACCAGCUUUGCUUGUUGCAGCGCUGGUUCCAUUUGCUGCGAAGGUGCAGCGGGCCUGCCGGGCGCGUCUCCGUGCCACGAGUAUCCCUACGGUUGCUGGCACAGAGAUUUGGUCCCUGUUGGGCUUGAAAGGAACUGCAACGAAGGCUGAGAUCAAAUCGAAGUUCAAAAAGUUCGUCAGAACGAAUCAUCCAGAUGUCAAAGGUGAUCGCUCUCCAGCUGCGAUUGAGCGCUGGGCAAACAUCACCGAGGCCUACCGGAAGAUAAUGAAGUGCAACGAUGAUCUCUUCUGGGUGGAGAGCUGGGUGGCGCGCGUGCGGCAGAUCGAAAUUGCAAAGUUGCAGAACGCAGACCGCAUCCGCCAAGAGCGCAUUGCUAGAAGGGCAGCUCGUGUUGGACUGACACCUGAUCAAUAUGAGGCUGCUGAAGCUGAAGCGGUGGAAGCUGCCAAAGAGGCAGCUGAAAUCGAGGAAGACAACCGCAACCAGUUUGUCCUGGAUACACUUCCAGUCGUACUUGCCCUGGUUUUGGCCUUCCUCAUGAUCUCUUUGAUUGCUAUUUUGGUCAACGGGCCAAAUAGCAAGUGA